AUGCCCAUACACACAUACACACAGAGUCAAGAACUGGUAUCUCCUAAAAUGGCCACCAUCACUGCCUGCACCUCUACCUCGUUGGUCGCACGCGCCGCCCUCGUGCAGAAGGCCUCGCCCGCCCGCCCCGCGACCGUGCUCGGUCUGCCAUCAAUCUCAAAGAUGGGGAGAGUGAGAUGCUCCGUGGAGGGGAAGCCAGAGGGGAGUGACAGCAAGUUGGGGAUGGGUGGUUCGAUGAUGGCUGCAGCGGUGGCGGCGGCGAUGUCAAGCCCGGCAGCGAUGGCACUGGUGGAUGACAGAAUGAGCACAGAGGGAACAGGGCUGCCAUUCGGGUUGAGCAACAACCUCCUUGGGUGGAUCUUGUUGGGUGUGUUUGGUUUGAUUUGGGCUCUCUACUUCAUCUAUGCUUCCUCUCUUGAAGAGGAUGAGGAAUCAGGCUUAUCUCUUUGAACCUCUGCUUAUAUAUGAUAUCCUUCUUCAUGUAAAACAUCUUCAUCUUCUGUCUGUAAUUUUCUCAAUUUCGAGAAUGUUUCUGAUUAGACGUACCAUAAUACUACCUUUGCUUUUCCUGCAA